UGGAGGAUAACAGCGGAGGAUUCAAACCGAACAUGGCUGCGGGUAAAGAUGUCGACGAAAACACACAAAACAGAAGAGGUACAGUGUGCAGUAUGGUGAUCAAUCAUGAGGAAUCACCGGGGGGCUCUCGUGCUGGCCGACCACCAGUCAUCUUCAACCCGGACUUUUUUGUGGAGAAACUCCGCCAUGAGAGCCCUGAUGUUUUUCUGGAGCUGGUGCUUAGUAACAUCACUCGCCUUAUUGAUCUUCCUGGGACCGAGUUUGCACAGCUCCUUGGUGAGGAGGGCCCUAAGACCCCAACGGGUGGAAAUGGAGGCUUCUUUCGCUCUUUCAACUUCCUCAAACGCAAAGAUAAAGGCGUUGUGUUUGGAACCCCGCUGACAGAGAGCUGCAUUGCCCAGAUCUACCAGCUCAUUGAGUACCUCACCAAAAAUCUGCACGUGGAGGGUCUGUUUCGGGUGCCGGGGAACAGUGUUCGGCAGCAGACCCUGAAGGAGCUCCUUAACAGCGGGGCCGAUGUGGACCUGGAGUCCGGAGACUUUCACCCCAACGACGUGGCCACGUUGCUCAAGACUUUCUUGGGAGAGCUGCCCGAGCCUCUGCUCACACACAGACACUUCCACGCCCACCUUAAGAUAGCUGAUAUGACUCUGUUUGACGAACAUGGCAACAAGACUGCGAUACCUAACAAAGAGCGUCAAAUAGAGGCCUUGCAGCUUCUCUUCCUGCUGUUACCUCAGGCCAACCGCUCCCUGCUCAAACUGCUUCUGGACCUGCUCUACCACACCGCCAAGCAGCAGGACAAGAACAAGAUGUCCGCCUUCAACCUGGCCCUCAUGUUUGCCCCGCACAUCGUCUGGCCCAGACACAUGACAGCCGGUGACCUGAAAGACAAUCUGAAGAAACUGAACAACAGCAUGGCCUUCCUCAUCAAACACUCGCAGAAACUCUUCAGGGCUCCAGUCUACCUGCGGGAUUAUGCCAGGGUGCAUUUCACUGGGACCAAGGCUCUGCAGAUCAAGGAUGAUCUGGAGCUGCUGGCGGUGAGCAGCUCUCCUGCUCAGCGCAGAGCGUUGCCCCUGAAGCGGACGGCUGUCCUGGGCCCCAGCUCCCAGGAGCAGUGCCAAUCACCAUCUCAACAAUACACAGAAGAGGCGCUAAAGGAGCUCUUCAGACACGUCCACCACAACAUGCCGGACUCCGCCAAGAAGAAGAAACUCGUCCGACAGUUAGUUAAACAGACGACCUCAGGGACACCUACAAAAGAGAACCAGCAGGCCCCCCCAGCUCCCAGCAAGAAACAUCCCCGUUCGCGCUCCUUUGGUGGCCUCAUCAAGCGCAGAGCUCGUGGUGAGCAGCUGACAGCAGAGAGGCGGGUUAGGCACAUCUCCCCCGAUACGGUCACCAGGACAGGAAGAAAACCUGGUAAAGAGAACAGCAUCCUGCAGGCGGUUAACAGCCCAUUAAAUGGUCCUGUGCUGGGGAAGGCGGGGCUGGUAGUAAAAAACCCAGACUUUGCUUUCAGUAAGGACAAAGCUCUGAAGGUCUCCAAGGUAUGACACAGUUUUCCUCUGUAGUUCUUCUUGAAAAAUCCCUGGUCAGACUGUCCAGCCAAUGUGUAAAAACAGGCUUUUACCCUGCAGUAUUCAUAGUAAAUUCUCUUUUUCCAAGCAAACCAGGGCAUGAAAACAGAAUCUACACUGGCUCAGAAGUAACUGUCAUCCAUCCAUCUAUCCACCUCUUUUCUCCCCUCCAUUCGUAUCUCAGCAGGACUCUCCCUCCGUGGCCAGGAUGUGUUUCUCUCCUGCUCAGGAGAUGUCAGUUUAAAACCCGACACCUCCUCGUCGUCUCGGACAGGACUCGGGCAGUAUUAUUGUUACUAUUCCUCUUGUUUGUCAUCCUGUUGUCAUCGUAGUAAGUCUGUUUUAACUGUGACUAAUAUAUAGCAGCUUAAGUCUGGCCACAACAGCCAAACCAAAGCCAGGAACUCUUCUCUUCACUGCCCGACAUUCAUCUAGAGUUGCUUCAAUGGGAUGAAAUGAAUCUACUUUACUACUAGUAUAAAACAAUUAUGACCUCAGGUAUAAGUGUGAUAUCUGAUGACAGAUUUAUACUUCCAGAAAUACUUUUAAAAAACUCCUUUCAGCUCCCUUCAAUGAUUUUACUUCUUUUAGCAUUCAGAUAACAGAAUAGUGUAUCAAGGUAGAAGAUUCCCGAUUCAGUUAAGAAAUAACAUGAAUAUGAAUGAAUAUUGGAUUAUUGGUCAGCCACACUUUUAACUGAAUAUAAGACAUUUAGUUUGUGAGAAAUAAAAUUCUUUGAUCAUAUUUUUUCUUCUUUUUAUACCACAUAAUAGUUUUAUUUUGGAAUCUUUCUGUUAUCAGAGUUUUAGGUUUGUAUCUGGCUGAUUUCUAAUUAAAUGAGACUUUUUAUUCCUUUUUUUUUUAUGUGAAGGGGUGAGAUGAGAUUGCAUGUUGAUCUGAUCAAUAAUCAGAGUCACAAUAACUUUAUAUAAUAACCUCAAUAUUACCAUACCAGAAAGAUCAUGUCUUAAAAUGUUCUAAACUAUUCACACAUAAGCAUUAACGCUCCUCACAGUGCAUGGCGCAGUGUUCUGAGUGAAGCCUUUAUUAGCUCUACCUGAAUGUGAAUAAUCUGAUCCGUAUGCAGGGUCUUUGCUUUGGUUUGGCUUCGCUGCCUCAGAUUACGCCAGUUAUCACUUGAAACUCGUUUUUAUUAGCUACUGUAUCAGAAUCUAUGACCACUAGCAGGCUGAGCUAACACUCUGCUGUAGAGUGUAGAAUAUUUAUACAUGUUGUACAGUGUGUGUGUGUAUGUGUGUAUGUGUGUAUGUGUGUGUGUUUUAAUUGUUUUGACUUACUGGGAACUGUGAUAUUGGGUUUUUGGUACGAUAUGUUGUAACUCUUUGCUUACUGGAUGAUGAUGAUUUCUCGGUGUGGUGCUGCAGAUGCAGAAUCGGUGAGCAGGUCACUUUAUUUUUCAAACGUUUCAUCCUGGAAUGAAACCCAGGAUUUAAUUCAUAAUCGCCUUUUUAAUCCUCUUACAGGCUCGUUAAUUCUGAAAACAGUGACUGUUCUGAAUCUGUCAAAUAUGAAAUGUUACGUUCUCAUGGGACUUGAUUUUUUAAAAAACAUUUUACUUAAUUUUUUAAGUUUUUCUUCAGCUGCAUGAUGGAAGGUCCAUUUGUUUUACUUAUAUUGAAAGUGGUUGAGAGAGUGGUUACAUUGAUGGUUUCACCGAAAGUGUUUUUUGUAUGAAUUUCCUCUGGUUGAAAGGAGCAGUGAUCUGUUACAGUCAGGUCCUCUCUUCCUACGAUGGUGUGUGUAUGGUGUCUGAGGAGCACUGUGUUAGGAAGACGAUGAGUAAAGUAAGAAAGGAACUUGGUUGACAUCAGUGUCGCCUGUUUCAGCACAUUAUGCUAAAACACAAGCCUGUUACAGUUAUUAAUGUUGAAUUGAAUGUGUGCCAUCCCAAUUGUUAAUUUAAACAGCUGUGCAAUAUUUUGCUUAAUUAACAUACAGUAUAAAAUAGCAUAAUUGUGAAUCAGAUCCAUAUAAAUCUUACAAAGAAGAAAUAAACAAUGGCAGUUUUUAAUACUUGAUCAUUUCCUAUAACUGCUGGUCCGUUAAAAUUCCUGAUCUGAUAUUCUACAACUCAAACAACACGGCUGCAUUGUUGGUUUAUUGUUUGCAGAAACUAAAAACGUUACUUAAUGUCUCUUUAAAUAUCUGGGAUUAUUUUUCAUGUGCAGCUCUCCGUUCCUCCAGCUUUACUCUUCGUGGCUCGGCUUAACUGACUGUCUGCUCGCUUUGUUGAGUAGUGAGUACAGAUGCACCAGUUCCAGAUUUUCAGCUCUGGGGACUAAAGCGCAGUCCUCGUUGGACAUGCUCUGCCCUGCUCGGCGACCCCUCAGCAGGAGAGACGCUCCGUGACAUGAGCCUGAACACGAACUGGCUCUGUACUGAUUUGUUUUUGUCGAAUUUGAAAAUGAUGAUGGAGAAAUCUCCCUGUCCAUGUGUCUCAACAUGAUAACAUUUGGUUGGAAUUUCUGCCUGUGUUAGGAAUCUGUUAUUGGUGCAUCCUGUUUUUGAAAGUGUUGUGGAUGUUGAAAUGAGGGGUUUGUUGAAAGUGAUUGAACAUGACUGACAUGCCAGGUGCGGAUGGACACUAAAAGACCUUUCUUCUUAGUUUUACAGUGUAUUGUAAUAUUGUACAAUGGUCUACCUGUUGGUCAGUUUAAAAUGAACCUGACUGAAUUAAUCCCCUUUUGAAACUGAAUUGGGAUUGUUUUUUUUGUUUUUUAUUCUCGUCACAUGACUUCUCCCUAUCCUUUCAGCUCCCUGUAGACUGCAGUUGUACAAGAGAGAGCUGAAUUGGAUUCUGUUGUAUUUAUUGACUACUGCUGGAAACAAAAAUGUCUUAUGUGGAUGGAAUUUAUAAACCAGAUUUUAGGUACUUAUUUUGUUGUUGCUUUCCCCUUUUUCCAAUUAUACUUGAGCCACCCAGAUGAGAGCAGUUACAUUCUGUAUGAUGUGAAAUACUGUUUUAUAUUUGAAACACAAAAAGCCUCCCAGAGCCUGUUUGAAGUCUGUCAGUGUUGCACGUUUUUUUUGUUUUUCUCUUUACAUAAAUGUGAAACAUGUAUUUACUGAUCUCUGCAUGCUGUACAUGGUCGCUGAUGAGUUCCUCCGUACACUGUCGGAACAGCAGGGUUGGGGCCUUUUAAAGUUUUAUUAAGUUAAAGGUGAUCAACCUCUCAUUUUAACUCAUCAGUGACUGUUGUACCUUCUGGUUUAAACUGUGGUAACCUUUUGUUUUUUUUGUAUUUUAGUGUAAAAUAAGUUAACCCUGUACAUUGGAUUCCUUGGCGAACUGUCCGCUUUGGAUUAAAACCUUUUUAUG